AUGAAGGCUCCUGCGAGAGGUGAUAGAGAUUUUCCACCGCUUCCUGCCUCCUCGACGGCGCGUAGGGGUUCUGAGAGUUCGCGUAUUGAGUCUGCUGGUGUUCGGCGUGAUACUGGUAAUCCUGGACCUGUAAACAGACCUAGGGUUGCUAGACGCAAGGUGGCGGUAGUUACAAUUAUGAGUAAGGCUGGCACGGAGUCCUCAUAUGCUGAAAUCCUGGGUGCUGCUCGGCGGAAUAUUUCUCUUAAUGAUAUUGGUAUUAAGGAGACCAGGAUUCGUCCAGCCUUUAAUGGUGGAUAUAAAAUUGAAGUGCCUGGUGAAAGAGGAUUGGAACUUGCUGGCCGCCUGAAAGAACAACUAAAAGUAAUAUUACAGGACGUAGCUAAAGUUGACAACCCGGUUGCUAAAGGUGAACUUAAGAUUGUAGGACUGGCUCCAUCUACACUUAGAGAGGAGAUUGGUGACCAGUUGACCUGUAUUAGCAGUUUUCCUCCGGAGUCUUUUAACAUUAGUGAUAUUAAAAGGAUGCGUGAUGGCAUGGGGAUUGCCUGGGUGCAAUGCCCCCUUAAUGCUGCAAUCUCGAUUGCAGAAAUUGGUCGUCUUCGUAUUGGUUGGACGUCGGCGAAAGUCGAGCUUCUCAAGAAACGUGCAGUACAAUGUUUCAAGUGCUGGCGUUUUGGACACGUUAGGACGAACUGCUCAGCACCAGAGGACAGGUUUGGUUCCUGUUUUAGGUGUGGUAACAAGGAACAUAAAGCCAAGGACUGUUCGGCUCCUUUGCACUGUGUCGUGUGUUCUGAUUUAGGCAAAAACUGUAAUCACCGCAUUGGCUCUUAUCCAUGCUUAGUCAAUAACGGUUACGAGACUAUCAAACGAGUUGAGCAAAAACAACCUGAACGUUCUUUUGGAUAUGCAAAUUAG